UCCAAAUGACAUUUGUCAUCCAGCAAGAAAAUUACACAAACCCAAAAGUUUUACCAUUUUCACAAUAAUCAGUAAAAACAUAUUUAAGUACCCAUAAUUAAUUGUGUGAUGUUAAACAUGAGGCUGUCGAAAUUUGGAUUUAAUCUUUGUGCAAAUUACACCCGGCACCGUCCGUUCCAAGCGCCGAGCCGCGAGAUGACCAUCCCGCCGCGCGACAUCGAGGGCGAACUGCCCGAGCUCCGCGAUCACAAGCCCAAGCCCAAGCGCCCCACCCACCCCGCCUACGCCUCCCCUAAGAUCCAGCAGAAACCUGAAAUCCCUAACCCUGACAAGAAAGCACCUCCGGCGGUGCCCUUGACGGCCGCAGUUUCGCCUGCCGAUAACCUGGGUCCACUCCACCAGCCACCACCACCGCCCCUGGGCUUGACUCGUCCUCUGGACCUGACACCACACCCGCCGACACAACCGAUCCACAAUAAUCCAAUGAAGUUCGAAUACAUGGCCGGAGAAGAACGUAUAGACUUAGACCGUGAAAUUCCCCUCUACAACUACGACAACGAGGAUCUAACGCUCGGCCCCAUGGGCCCCAUGAACGUGACGGCGAUAGACGCUGACUUCAACCCAACAUCUGUACCAACAGUUCCCGUCGCUACAAAUCCGAACAUAACCGCUCAAGAUUUCGAAGGUGUUCCUUUAACAUCGGCUUCCAACCGCCCGGCUGUCACUGCGACAGGGGGUGUUCCCGAUCAGAAUUAUCAAUCAGUUCCGCAAGAUGCAAACAAGUAUCCUACAACACGACCGAUUCUCCCACGCGAUAUCGAGGAACAAGCAUCAGAGACACCUGUUGGUUCUCCUAGUAUGGCAAAUCCUAGCGAUAGCCCAUUCACUCGAACGCCUCCUCACAAAACUCCGUGGGAACGAUCAAUGUCUACCUUCGAGAGCUGCAGAAUAGAGGAUCCCGUUGAGCUGGAACCUGUUUUAGCUAUUGCAGAUCCUUUCAGCCGUGUGGCGUCCGGAUUUGGGGAUUUGUCGCCUACGUGUAGCUGGUCUGAGCCUCUGACGUCGGUGCUCGUGCCGUCUGAAGUCAGGUCGAGCAAGAAGGGCGGUGGAAAGGCAGCCGCGGCCGCAGCUGGUGAGAAGAAAGCGGCUCCAAGCAAAGGGCCGCCGAGAGCUGCAGGUGCUGGGGCUACUGGUAGGAUCAUAGCUGUGAUCGGCGCUGUUGUGGAUGUGCAGUUCGAGAAGGGUCUCCCGCUGAUUCUGAACGCUCUUGAAGUACCCGGGAGAACCCCGCGACUCAUCCUCGAAGUGUCUCAGCACCUGGGUGAUAACGCGGUCCGGACCAUCGCCAUGGACGGUACCGAGGGCCUGGUCCGCGGGCAGGAGGUCAUUGACACCGGCGCCCCGAUCACCAUUCCUGUGGGCGCUCCUACACUCGGACGAAUUAUUAAUGUUAUUGGGGAACCUAUUGAUGAGCGAGGUCCCAUAGAUACGGACGAGUUCGCGCCCAUUCACGCGGACGCCCCGCCCUUCGUGGAGAUGUCAGUUGAACAGGAGAUCCUCGCCACCGGCAUUAAGGUCGUCGAUCUACUGGCGCCUUACGUCAAAGGUGGAAAAAUCGGUCUGUUCGGCGGCGCCGGUGUCGGCAAGACGGUGCUCAUCAUGGAACUUAUCAACAACGUGGCCAAGGCGCAUGGUGGCUUCUCUGUGUUCGCCGGUGUGGGGGAGCGCACCCGAGAGGGCAACGACCUCUACAACGAGAUGAAAGUGGGCGGGGUCAUCAAGGAAGACUACAAGACGUCGAAGGUGGCGCUGGUGUACGGCCAGAUGAACGAGCCGCCCGGCGCCCGCGCACGCGUCGCGCUCACCGGGCUCACGCUCGCCGAGCACUUCCGCGACAAAGAGGGACAGGACGUGCUGCUCUUCAUAGACAACAUCUUCCGUUUCACUCAGGCCGGCUCCGAGGUGUCGGCGCUUCUGGGCCGUAUUCCGUCUGCGGUGGGCUACCAGCCGACUCUAGCCACCGACAUGGGCACCAUGCAAGAGCGUAUCACCACAACUAAGGCGGGUUCUAUCACCAGCGUGCAGGCCGUAUACGUGCCAGCGGACGACCUGACGGACCCCGCGCCAGCAACCACCUUCGCCCAUCUCGACGCCACCACCGUGCUGUCCCGCGCCAUCGCCGAGCUCGGCGUAUACCCCGCCGUGGACCCGCUAGACUCCACCUCCCGCGUCAUGGACCCCAACAUCAUCGGCGCCGAGCAUUACGGAGUAGCGCGCGGCGUGCAGAAGAUAUUACAGGAUUACAAGUCUCUGCAGGACAUCAUCGCCAUCCUGGGCAUGGACGAGCUGUCGGAAGACGACAAGCUCACUGUGGCGCGCGCGCGCAAGAUCCAGCGGUUCCUGUCCCAGCCCUUCCAGGUGGCCGAGGUAUUUACGGGGCAUAUUGGCAAGCUGGUGAAGUUAGAGGAAACGAUCAAAGGAUUUCAGAGCAUCCUGAAGGGAGAGCUCGACCACAUCCCAGAGGCGGCGUUCUACAUGGUCGGCACCAUUGAGGACGUCAUCGCCAAGUCGCAUGAGCUCGCCAAGAACGUCUAGCAGCCGACAGAUGGCGCUGUUUUGUUUAUAUAGUUUGUAAGACUGAGAGCAUUUAAUAACCGGAGUCGCCUUUAAGAGCUUACCCCUCUCCCGAAAACCUUGCGCAAUAGGCAUAGAAGGUAGGAUCGUAUAGAAGUGGUAUACGCGUGCCUCUGUGAGGGACAAAACAUACGCAAAUGCGACACUGUGAUUGGUCGAAUUCAUUUGUUGCCCACCAUAAUCCAUACUAAAUUUAUGGUGGGACAAGGACAAGCAAUAAUACCGCUUUCUCUGCUACUCCUACUGAGAGUUCCAUAAGUGCGUCUCGUUCGGUCGUUUGGCCCCUCCUGAUUCGGUUAAAUUGUGUUCUAAUGUAUGGGGAAGACAAACUAAUUAUAGCCAGCCUUUUAUGAAUGUAGUAUGAUACCUUAGGGUAUGGUGCUUUACGCACACUAGCGUCCCUUCCCCUCCCCCUGACGCAACCCCCCCUUUUUGCAUGAAAUAUGUCCCGGUUCACAGUUUUUUACAUUUUUUGAGGAAAGUAUACAUUAUAGGAAAAAAGUAUCAAUGAAAGAAAUAAUCCUUAAUAAAUUCUUAAUACAAAAGGUCAUAUUCAUUUUUUUUAUAUGAUGCAUUCAUGUAUUAGCGUGUUUAAAUUCGAAAUAACAUAGUUUUUACUUAGGAUUCGAAACUCAUUUAUUAUACACGGUGUAACACGAGGAAACCGAAUAAUUUUAACAGCGUAUUCCUGAUCAUAUUUAGAGACAAAAAUGUCCUAUAAACUUUUUUCAAAUUCGGCUAGUUUCAGAGUUAAACCCAAUUAAAAUAAAAACAAGUUUUUAUUGUUACAUAGUGCAAAAUGCCUUUAUGAUGGCGAUGUUGCUACUAUGGUACGUAGUCUAAAUAUCCUUAUUGAUAGAUGUCAAAAAGUGACAAGUAACACUUUGCAAAAACUAAGUUUUACGAAAAAAAAGUAAAAAUCCAUUUUAACUGACAAGUUUUCCAAAUAACAUUUACUUUUUAUGUACAAAUAUAAUCCAAAAAAUUUUUUCAUUGCUUUUAAGGGUUUUCCUAUUGAUCAAUUAUUAUUACAAUUACUUUCCAUAAUGAAUGGUAACGAACUGUUGCCACAAAAGGGGGUUAGGUUAGGUUAGAACUGUGACCCUCGCAAAAACGAACUGCUGCCUCAAAAGUGGGUUAGGUUAGGUUAGAACUGCGACCAUUGUAAAACCGGGCAAGUGCGAGUCGGACUCGCGCACGAAGGGUUCCGUAUCAUAAUGCAAAAAAAAAACGAAAAAAAAAAAGCAAAAAAAAAACGGUCACCCAUCCAAGUACUGACCACUCCCGACGUUGCUUAACUUUGGUCAAAAAUCACGUUUGUUGUAUGGGAGCCCCAUUUAAAUCUUUAUUUUAUUCUGUUUUUAGUAUUUGUUGUUAUAGCGGCAACAGAAAUACAUCAUCUGUGAAAAUUUCAACUGUCUAGCUAUCACGGUUCGUGAGAUACAGCCUGGUGACAGACAGACGGACGGACGGACGGACGGACGGACGGACAGACGGACGGACGGACGGACAGCGAAGUCUUAGUAAUAGGGUCCCGUUUUACCCUUUGGGUACGGAACCCUAAAAACGAACUGCUGUUAAAACUAGGUUCGGUUAGAACUACUACGAUCCUUGCAAAAACGAACUGCUGCCACAAAAGUGGGUUAGGUUAGGUUAGAACUGCGAUCCCUGCAAAAACGAACUGUUGCCACAAAAGUGGGUUAGGUUAGGUUAGAACUGUGAUCCUCGCAAAAACGAACUGCUGCCAUAAAAGUGUUAGGUUAGGUUAGAACAAAAAUUCCGGCCAUUCCAUAAUAGGGAAUCCAAAUUUGGGCAUACGAGUGUUAGGUCAAGCAACGAUAGGCUAAGUAAAAUUAGGUAACAUAUAUGAUGGUUAUAGGAUAUAUAAUUUUUAGGCCUAACAAUAAUUAGGCAAAACAAGAAUUAUGCUACGUAACAUUAGGAUAAAUACUCAAUAUGGAAAGAGCCAUUAGGGAAAAACAUAUUAGGACAAAACAAAAUCGGCCAUUCGAUAAUAGGGAAACCAAAAUUAGGGUAUACGAGCUUCGAGCAACACGGAAGGGAGGCGGCAUUCGCACUAUUUCCCCUCUGCCGAGGUACAAGAUUAGCGCGUCAAUCUAAUCUAGCGCGGGUAAUAAAACUAGUUGCACUUGGAUUUUUCACUAGACCGAGUCCAGAGUAUUGUAACCACAUUUUGUGGACAUAUGUUUUGUAAGAAAUGUAUCAGGGCAAAAAAUAAAUGCCCCGAAUGUGGGAGGCGGAUUAGAGGGAAAAAAAAUUGUAAAAAUAUAUAAUUAAUUACAUUUAGACAUUUUAGACCAAUCCUCCGCCUCGCCACCUCCCGCACAUGUACAUGUAUAUUAUAAACGUCAAACUUCUAUGAAAUUAUGACGUUUAAAUAACACUUGCACCGUCUGGGCUAUAAAAAUCGCUGCCAACUUAGCUUGGUCUAACUGUACCCACUUAUGAAAACAAAACAGCAUUUCAAGGUCAGUACCAUCGACCCCCCGGGGCAUUUUUUAAACUUAUUGCGGCUAGGUAAAAGUCUACCAAUGGAGUCAGAAGUCUGUUGCUGUCUGUCAAGCGCGAGCGCGAAUUUUAUGUCUGUGAUUCUAUGUGAGAAACGGCCUAUAAGACCUAGUUAUAAAUAAGGCAACCGAAUGGUUGAUAUUAGCUUUUGAUAUUAGUUAAAAUCAAUUUGACUUAAUGAAUGUCUGGUAGAAUUAGUGGAAGGUUCUGGUACCUAUAAUGGUCAACCUAUUUAAAUAUUUGCUAUUUACCUACUGGAAAUAUUUGCUUGUGAUAUAAUGAUCAACUGGUAAAAUAUACGAGCAUUGAAAAACGCUACAUGAAAAAUCGCUGCAUUAAAAAAGACGAUUAAUGAAAUUUGCGAUCGUGAUAAAAUGCGAUGUGAAAAUUCGCUACUCGGAAAAUAUGCUUUUGUGAAAAUUGUCUAACAAAUCAAAUAUGUUAUGGGGUUUUACUAUUUAAUUAAAGAUAGUUUUCUACAUAA